AUGAACAUCAAGCGAGACUUUCCGAAGAGCGUAAUCGAGAUAUCGCAACCAGGAUACGUCGAGAAGGUUCUGCAACGAUUCGGUAUGGCCGAUUGUAAACCCGUAAGCACACCGCUUGACACAAACGUUCGCUGGACGAAGCUGAACGAUGACCUGUCCGGAGGUCUGCAACCCGGAAGCAACACCGGUGAGCAACCCGAUCUCGAACUGCCGAGGAAACUGCGAACACCAGUACUCUGGUGUACAGGCUAUCACCAGCACCUCCGUUCGUCGUGCAUCAGCCGUCUAACUGGCAAGUCCUUUGUACCUCGUGUAGUGUACCCUCGUAGCUCGGGUGAUUUCCCGCCGGUGUUCGAGAUCACACAUUUGGCGACCGUGACAGGACAGGACACCCGAGCACUAGAAAGCAGCAUAAUGGCAGGAAAGUAUGUGCGUGCCCCAUCAUCAGGAGAUGAUGCUAGAGAUAACAAAAUGAAUUCUCUAUCGAACGAAGAAGAGUCCGCAGGAAAUCACCUGGAGUGCAGCGGGAGAUACGUCCGUGCACCUGUGAUAUCAGAAUCAGAAGAACAGGCCGCAAACAUGUACGCUCAUUAUUAUAAUGAAGCCGAAGAAGACGUCCACACGCAAUUACAAGACAAAAUCCGUGAGCUUGAAGAAGUUAUUCAACAAAUGCAAAAUACCAACAGAUGCCUCGAAAAUAAUGAACCGAUUCCAGACUCUUCUUCAAAAUCCACAACAUCGGGCGAAGGCAGUAUCAGAUGCGAUAUAAAACCCUAUCCCAAAAACGUCCCAGCUAGUAAGAUGUGGGAAGCAUGGACGAAGUUCAUUGAGGACUUUCAACUGUCAGUUACCCUGCUUAACGCCCACGAUCCCAAGCGCCGAAUAGACUUACUGAUGUUGUACAUGGGAGACGACCUGAAGGGAGUUGUACGAGCCGCGAAACUUAAACCCACAGUAGAAAACGGUGAGUGCUAUGAAACAUUCGUACGGAAUAUCGAUCAAUAUUUGAAAUCGAUGACGGAUCCAGCAGCGGAGCAUGAGGCAUUCUCUUGCAUGCAGCAGGAAGAAGGGGAAUCUGCGAUUGGGUUCCAUGCAAGAUUGUCGGAGGAAGUCAGGUUGUGUGGCUAUAGCGAACCGGAUCAGGAUGUGUUCGUACGAGCGCAGCUAAUGCGAGGCUUGCGUAACCAAGAAGUAAAACAACAAGCUCGUAUUUAUGGGUUAAAAACGAAUGAAAUAGUUGUAUCAGCAACCCGCGCCGAAGCAUUUCACACCGAAGUUAAAACUCGAGUUGCCGAGUGCAGUGCUAUGGCUAUACGCAGUUAUUCAACUCGUGAUAGCAGGUCCCGAAACAAACGUAGAUCAGAUUCAGCAAAGGAGUUUGCGUCACACACCAAGAGGUACAGGUACACCGAUAAUCGCAGCUAUGGUAGAGGCAGAAGCAGUUCCGAUAAUUCUUCAGUCAGUCGCAGAUACAGAUGCACCAGGUGCUUCGAAGACCGUUCUACACACGAUAACGGAAUUUGUCCGAAAUUGGAAAAACGUUGUUACAACUGCAACAGAGAAGGACACAUAGCUAGAGCAUGCAGAUUGAAUAGAGUGAAUGAACUGAGACACGAUCGAAGUCCUAAGAGAGAAAACGAUGAGCAUGAACAGCAAAUCAAUUCCCUAUCCUUAUGCGAUGUUUUGGUAGAUUGCCGCAUUGGAUCUUCCACCCCGAUAAAGUUCCUUAUCGAUUCUGGAGCCGACGUCAAUGUAAUCGGAGGCAACGAUUGGAGCAAGCUUGAGCAGGAGAUAUGUGCUGGACAAGCUCACGUGAUUUCUAAAAGUUCACACACUAAUCGUAACCUUCAGGCGUAUGCCACUAGGCGACCUAUGAAUAUUGAGUGUAUUCUUGAAGCUACCGUUGAGACUGUUAAAUCUCGGAAAUCGAUCAUGACUGCCGAAUUUAUUGUAGUCAAAGAGGGAAGACAAUCGCUGUUAGGUAGGGCUACUGCAAGCGACAUGGGUUUGUUAAGGGUAGGAGUCGAAAUAAAUAGCUGCACAGAAACAAAAAUCUUCCCGAAAAUGCCCGGAGUGCGCGUUAAUUUCAGCAUAGAUACCUCAAUCCCGCCAGUUAAAAAUGCUUACUGCAAUAUACCAGCAGCAUAUCGUCAGGCAGCUCGCUUAAGGCUCGAGCAAAUGGAAGCCAGUGGUAUAAUUGAAAAAAUAACGCAUGCACCUCGUUGGAUAAGUGGUAUGAGUGCAGUACCUAAGGGGAAAGAUGAUUUCCGUUUAGUGGUUAACAUGAGGGCUCCCAAUAGAGCUAUUAAACGGGAGUACUUCCGACUGCCACUGGUCGACGAGAUGAGAGUGAAGCUACACGGGGCUAGGUAUUUCACCAAAUUGGAUCUAUCAAAUGCCUAUUAUCACUUGGAGUUAGGUCUUGAGUCUCGCGAUUUAACUACUUUUUUAGCUGAUAACGGGAUGUACAGAUUCACUCGACUUAUGUUCGGGGUGAACUGUGCUCCCGAGAUAUUCCAGCGGGAAAUGUGCCGGAUACUGGAACACAUAGAGAACAAAAUAGUCUACAUAGACGAUGUCCUCAUUUACGCUACGACGCUUAAGGUGCUACGAGAAACGGUUAGCCUUGUCUUGCAGAUAUUUAAAUCGAACAACCUGACACUAAAUACUGCCAAAUGCGAAUUCGAUCGAACCGAAAUAGCAUUUUUGGGUCAUCAUCUCGAUAAAAACGGUUUCAAUAUUGAAAUCUCAAAAAUAAAAGAUAUUGAAAAAUUUGAGAGUCCAUCAAACGCAUCAGAGCUCAGGAGCUUUCUUGGGCUAGCGUCGUUCAUAAGUCCACACAUAAGAAACUUUGCUGACUUGACCGCACCACUAUGGGCUGCAACCGCGAACAAUGCUUGGAGAUGGGGAGAGGAGCAACAAACAGCUUUUAAUCUCGUGAAAAAUCAAAUCAUCCACUGUACGACCUCCCUUGGAUUCUUUUCUGAAACGGAUAAAACUAUACUGUACACGGACGCUUCACCUCAUGCUUUGGGAGCGGUGCUAGUGCAGGAAAAUUCAGAUAAGAUUCCCCGUAUCAUAAGCUUUGCAUCCAAAGCGUUAACGGAGACGGAAAGAAAGUACCCCCAGAACCAGCGGGAAGCUCUGGGAGCAGUAUGGGCAGUGGAACGGGUUUCUUAUUUCCUCACCGGCCGACCCUUCACUUUACGAACUGAUGCCCAGGGUAUGGCAUUCAUCAUUAGUAGACCUCGUGAAGAAUCCAAAAGAGCACUAACAAGGGCUGAUGGUUGGUCCCUACGCCUAAGUCCCUAUAUUUAUGAAGUUGAAUAUAUAAAAGGUCUGGAUAACAUUGCCGACCCUUCAUCGCGCCUAUAUCGUGGGGAAGACGAAGCAUUCAACGAAGACGAAAUUCAGGAUUGCACCAAGAAUGACGAAAUUCUGCAACAGGUUAUCUGUUCGCUCGAAUCAGGCAAAUGGCCCGCUAAUAUAUCCAGAUACAAAACGGUGGCGAACGAUCUGCAUGUAGUUGAAGAUAUUUUGGUGAAGAACGGCUGUGCUGUUAUACCAAUGGAACUUCGAGAAAAAGUCCUAAACAUAGCCCACCUGGGGCACCCACUAGAAGCUAAGCUCAAGAGCAUUCUUCGCAAAAGGGUCUGGUGGCCGGGAAUGGCAAAGGAUGCCGAACAGUGGGUUAAAUCAUGUGCCUCUUGUGCUAUAAACGGCAAGCCAGAAAAGCCCACACCUAUGCAGCGAAUAUUUGCCCCUAGAAUGGUAUGGGACACGUUAGCAAUCGACUUCAACGGCCCAUAUCACAAACUCGGCGGAAUCUUAAUCCUUGUGGUGAUAGAUUUACGGUCAAGAUAUGCGAUAGCUUCGCCUGUGAAAUCGACAAGAUUUGAAUACACAAAAGCGGUGUUAGAUAGUAUCUUUCGGAGAGAAGGUUUUCCUAAAGCUAUUAAAAGUGAUAAUGGGCCACCUUUCAAUGGAGAGGAAUUCAAAGAAUAUUGUAACAAACGCGGUAUAAAAACGAUAUUCUCAACGCCUUUCUAUCCCCAGCAAAAUGGGCUGGUGGAGUCCUUCAUGAAAGUGGUAAAUAAAGCUAUCUCCACUGCAUUAUAUUCUAACACAGACUAUCGAUGCGAACUACAGGCAGCGGUAGACGCGUAUAACGCCGCGGACCACUCUACCACAAAGAUGUCCCCUGAAGAAGUUCUCAUGGGCCGUAGAGUUCAACGAGGGUUGCCGAUCCUUAAUGAUGAUCACAUUCCAGAUACAGUGCAUACAAAUGAAACCUUGGACAGGCACGACCGUGAUAAUAAAAUCCGCUCAAAACACCGAGAAGACCAGCGACGUGGUGCAAGGCCAUGCCGAGUCAAAGAAGGUGACACUGUAGUUGUUGAGCGGCAAUCCAAAAGCAAAGGACAAACUAGGUUCCAUCCGAAACGUUUCGCAGUUGAUUCGGUAGAUAACGGAAAUUUGAUCCUGAUUGACUCCGAUGGGCAUAAACUCCAGCGUCACGUUUCGCAGACAAAAAAAGUAUAUCCAUGGAGAGUCCAAGCCGAAGCACUUGGCAAUUCGCAGAGCAACGAGAACUUCAAUGGUGCUGUUGAAAAUAAUGAACGUCCUACUAGGGAGAAACGAACUCCAGCAUAUCUAGCUGAAUAUAUGCACUAG